AAAAAGACAAAUCAUGAAGCUGAUUGCUCUCUUGGUGACGAUUGGGCUCCUGGCCGGGGCCCAAGCCAGAUCUUUGUCCAGAGAUGGCCCCAAGACAAAAUGGGAGACGGCUCUGGAUAGCUUCUGGCAGACACUCAACAAAAUGGAGGAGGCCGCGGACGAGACCAAAGAAACGAUGAAAGACUCUCCGGUCAGCAAAGAACUGGAUGGCCUUAUCAAAGAUACUAUGGAGGAGCUGAGCAAUUAUGCUAGUGAACUAAAGAGCAACGUUGGCCCCAUGGCUCAGGAUGCGCAAGAAAAAUUCACUGAAGAUAUUUCUGCCCUGGCAGAAAAGCUGAAAUCAGACAUGGAAGACACGAAGACCAGGGCAAUUCAGUACUCGGGAGACUUGCGCAUGAUGUUUGACCAAAACAUUGAAGAUGUCCAAGGGAAAAUGAGCAUGUACACUAAAAAGCUGAAGAAACGUCUUAGCAAGGACACUGAGGAUCUGAAGAAGAAACUUAGCCAGUACGGGGAUGAUAUCCGCGGCAACACUGAAAAAAAAGUAGAGAGCCUCCGAAAAGCAGUCGAGCCUUAUGUAACCAACCUCAAGGAAAAAGGAGAGCAACGUCUCCAAUCUCUGAAGGAUGCCAUGGAUGAGCAAGGGAAAGCACUCAGAGAUAGGUUUGCCUCUGUGGCCAAAGAUGUUCAAAAUAAAGUGAAGAAGAUGGCCUCUGAUGUCAAAUCCAGUGUGGACAAGUUAUCGGAUCAGGUAAAAAAAUGGUUUAACCCCUCCGUAGAAAGCCUCCGCAGCUCAUUGCAAAACUUGGCCAAGAGCUUACAGCCUAAGUAAAGAUCAGACAGUUCUAUGUAUAAUUUCAACUUCAUGCGUAAGAAACAUGGUAUCCACCACCAAGAAUCUGCAGCUAAAGGUGGUGCAGUAAUGUUGGGAUUUUCCAUAUUUAGCAUGUCAAUAUACAAGUUUGAUUUUAUGUCAGAUAACACGCUUGACUUGAUUAGCCUCAUAUUAUGGAUACUCUGGAGGGGCACAGCAAAUUGAUGACAAGUAAUUGAAGGACAAAUUCACGGUUCUGGACUGGUCAUCAAUCUCAUUUUUGGUGUGAAUGUGUCAAACUCUAAAGCCACUGAUGACCUGAAGAGUAAUAUCAACUUUACAGCUGAAAAAUGCCAUAAAGCUCAGUUUAAGUGUAAGGAAUCAAAUCUCCAAAGCUAUUAGAUUCUGAAAACUAAGGGCAAACAUUGAUGCCAUGUAUAACAACUAUAUUCAGUCAUAUAUUACACACAUACUCAAACAAAGUACCUUGAUAAAAGCCUUAAGUCAAAAACACAAGAACUUACACGUUCAAUAUACAACUCUCGAAAAAAUUAAAAAAAUGCUGUAGAUAGUAAUUAUGUAAGAAAAUAUAGCCUAGGGACAAGCAGCAAACACAUUCCUUACCUUCAAGGUAUCAUUUGAAGAAACAGCUGGGACCUUCAAUGACAAGGUGGACGUGUAAGACUAAUUACUGUCCUACAUACCCAACUUGUGAUCUUACUAAUUGACCCAUCUCUAAUUUGUAACACAAACUAUAUAGCUUAUUCUUCAUCUCGCAUACAUAAACAAUAUUGCCUUUGACAUUUUCUCUACAUACCACAUGUUCCAUAAAUAUAUAUUUGUUUAUUUUCUUAUGUUUAUUUUUCUAUAUCUGCUUAACUAUGUAGCAUUAAAUGCCGAAUGUCUCAUUUUUGUCUCGGUGCUGUUAAACAUAUUAUUGGCUAACGCAAUGUCAUUUUUGUUUAAUGAAAAUAAAAGGUUGAUCUUCUCUCCAA